AUGAGUCUUGACAGCCCCGCGAAAGGAGACGUUGGAAAACGGCCGCUGUCGGAAGUUAGUGCGAAUUCCAACGAGGUUUCUAGCCCACAGGACGAGGGAGCUAAGAAACCACGGGUCCAGGACGAGGAAAAGGAGGUGUUUGACCAGGAACCGCCCGCUGACGAGUUGGAAGACGUCGUCGACGACUAUGUCCCCACGCAAAGCGAAGGUGCCAGGCCCGGAGAGCCGGAACGCGACGUGGAAGCAGACACAGGCGACACUGGUGGGAACAUUCUGGACGCUUUCAACGAGUAUAUGCCUUCGGAACCCAUGCCUCCUGUGGAGAUCCCGCGCGACCCGGCCACGGGCAAGUACCGGUUUCCCUUUAUCAGCAAGGAGCACUCGCUGGCAGCGCGUUCUUUUCUGAAAUACCACGGUUCGAGUCGGUUCCUGGACGCGCAUCUGCCCGAAAAUUUGAACUCCCUGUACAUUUACCAUCUAAUCAAGCUUCUGGGGUUCCAAAUUAAGGAUAAACAGCUCCUGGAGGCGGUCCAAGCGGUGGCCGAGAACGAGAUCUUCACACAGGGCGUAGUUCCUGCAGUUAGCACCAACGGGAGCAGCGGCAGUGGAGCUAGCGGAGCCAGUGGAGCCAGUGGGAUCAGUGGACUCAGCGGUGAAACCAACGGCACCAGCGAUCUUGGUGAAACCAGGAACCAAAACAAAGACAGGAGUCCCGAGUCGGACGAGAGCGACUCCUUUGACGACCCUCUGGAGAAAAAACACGCUGUGCGUUUAAUUAAAGAUCUACAAAAAGCCAUGAACAAAGUGUUGAGCACAAGAAUGCGUCUGGCCAAUUUCCACUCCCUGGAUCACUUCGUCGAAAAAUUAAAAACUGCCAAGAAAGUCCUGGUUUUAACCGGGGCUGGUAUUUCCACCUCGCUGGGUAUCCCCGAUUUUAGAUCUUCCGAAGGUUUCUACUCCAAGAUCAGACAUUUGGGCCUCGAAGACCCACAAGACGUGUUCAACUACGAAAUCUUCAUGCAGGACCCUUCGGUCUUCUACAACAUCGCCCACAUGGUGCUACCGCCGGAAAACAUAUAUUCCCCAUUGCACAGCUUCAUUCGCAUGAUCCAGGACAAGGGCAAGCUUUUACGGAACUAUACUCAAAAUAUUGAUAAUUUGGAAUCCUAUGCCGGUAUACAGUCUGAAAAAAUGGUGCAAUGCCACGGCUCCUUUGCAACAGCCUCGUGUGUCACUUGCCACUGGAAGCUUCCGGGAGAGAGAAUUUUCAGCAACAUAAGAAAUCUCGAGCUGCCGUUGUGUCCCUAUUGCUACAAAAAACGCAAGGAAUUUUUUCCAACUGUUGUCCCUGGCACUAAGGAAAGCGAGCCCGAGAACUUCAACAGUAUGUUCAGCCACGUUCUCAAGUCCUAUGGUGUGUUAAAACCUGACAUCACGUUCUUUGGCGAGGCACUGCCUUCAAAAUUUCAUCGUUUUAUUCGCGACGACGUUAUGAAAUGUGAUCUUCUAAUCUGCAUAGGUACCAGUCUGAAAGUGGCACCCGUGUCCGAAAUUGUAAACAUGAUUCCCGCAUAUGUGCCCCAGGUACUGAUCAACAAAGACCCAGUAAGGCACGCCGAGUUCGACCUAUCCUUGCUUGGGUUCUGUGACGACGUCGCGGCUUUUGUGACCCAGAAAUGUGGCUGGUCCAUGCCUCACAACAAGUGGCCCUCUCUCAAAGACACCGAGUAUACUUGUGAGUUGCACGAUAGAGGCACUUACGAAAUUCAUAAAAAAGUCAGCGAUGAGCCAGAACAAGAGUUUGCGGACGAAUAA